AUGCGGCUCCUCAAAUGGAAUAACGGAGAUGUCUGUCUGGUUGACGCCCCAGAAAAGAUCCCCCCAUAUGCGAUUCUAUCACACACUUGGGGUCCCAAGGACACAGAAGUCAGUUUCGAAGAUGUGAUUAAUAAAGAAGGCAAAGGCAAAGCCGGUUACGACAAGAUUCGGUUCUGUGGAGAGCAAGCGCAGCGAGAUGGCCUGGAAUACUUCUGGAUAGACACGUGCUGUAUAGACAAAUCCAGCAGCGCCGAGCUCAGUGAAUCCCUCAACUCCAUGUUCAAGUGGUACCGGGACUCAGAGGCUUGUUAUGUUUACCUGUCGGAUGUCUCUGAGAAUCAGAGCCAGCCAGGCUGGGAACUUUCGUUCCGCAAUUGCAAGUGGUUCACUCGCGGUUGGACACUUCAGGAGCUUCUUGCCCCUGCAAAGAUUAAAUUUUUCACCUCAAAAAGCGAAUAUCUCGGCGACAAGGAGUCUCUUGGACAGCUGAUCCACGAUAUCACCAAGAUCCCUAUCGAAGCUCUCCAUGGUAGCUGCCCCCUAUCGAAGUUUGCGACUAUGGAUCGAUGUGCUUGGAUGAACGGCCGGGACACCACACGACCCGAGGAUCAAGCCUAUGCUCUACUGGGGAUUGUUGACGCGUAUCUGCCAUUAAUGUACGGCUAUGGAAAGGACAAGGCGAUGCUCGAGCUUCACGAAGCUAUAUAUGCACGCGAAAAACAAAACAUUUCAAUCGUCCAGGUAGAUCAGUUCCUGAGUAUCCAUCAUUACAGCGACGCAAGGCUUCGAAUUCAAAGAUUAUCUGGCGAGAACCUAGAUAUGACUAAAUGCUAUAUUAACCUAGCCGUAGUCAGACAAACGUCAGAGAACAAUACAGCACCUAGCAAUAACGAAACUUCACCUUUCGAUAUCUUCAGCCGACUCAGAGUGCAUGAGAUUGGCCGAGAUCGCUGUGUCGAUCUGUCUAAAAUGUUCGACUCACGUCACACUUCUCAAGGUCUCACGAAAGCGCCGAGAAGAAUCUUAAUCAGGGGGCGCGCCGGUGUUGGAAAGACCACGCUCUGUAAGAAAAUCGUUUUUGAAUUCGAGCGACGAAGCUUGUGGAACGAUCUGUUUGAUAGGGUUCUAUGGGUACCAUUGCGGACACUCAAGACUUGGUCACGCGAUAGCCUCACUCUGGUGGAUUUCUUCCACCACCAUUACUUUCGAGACGAUCAUCGCUUUGGUCAUAUUUUAGCUGAACGCCUCGGAGCGGAGGUCCAACUUGGAUCGGGAUUGGGUACCCGAAGCAGGACCUUGUUUAUUCUUGAUGGCCUCGACGAAGUCACUGAGACAUGGAACACUGAUGAACCUAUGCAUGAGUUGCUGGCUAAGCUGCUCAAUCAAGCUAACGCCAUUAUUACAUGCCGACCUCAUGCUCAACUGCCCCUCGACGUUGAUAAUCCUGUUGAUCUCGAACUCGAGACUGUAGGAUUUCAACCCAAACAAGUUGUUGAAUAUCUGGCAAUGGUGCUACCAACCCCAAAGGAUAUAAAAGAGAUACAAAGUUUUCUCAAGAGAUUCGCGAUUGUUCAGGGCCUUGCUCGGAUCCCAAUCCUUCUCGAUGCUUUAUGCUAUAUAUGGAGUGACAACGCAGGCAUCAACCCUACAUUGCAAAGUAUGACAAACUUCUACAAAUACGUCCAACAACAAUUGAUGAUCAAGGAUAGCGUCCGUCUAGGGAAACGAAAAGCAUAUGUUGCAAAUCAUAUGGGGACUUUACAGCUAGAGGAUUGCUUCAAAUAUGAGGUAGAACUGCUUGAAAAGCUUGCAUUUACUGGCAUGGUGAACGACAUGAUCGAGUUCGAGCCGAAGACACGUCAUGCUAUCUUAGGGGCCUUUAAAGGCGAAAAUGACAGGAUAUUACCUGAUCAAUCCAUUCGACAUCUUUCAUUUCUACGAACGUCAGAUCCACAUAGGAAGGGUGCAGAUGUCAAUUACCACUUCUUGCACCUAACCUUCCAAGAAUUCUUUGCUGCAAGCUAUUUCGUACGCCAGUGGAUAUCCAAUUCUGAAGAUUCCGUCUGCUACGUGGAUCUAAAACACGGCAAAGGCAAGAAAUAUGAGAAAGUCUCGAGUUUCCUUGAUCAACACAAGUACAAUCCAAGAUAUGACAUCUUCUGGCGCUUUGUUGCCGGGUUGCUGGAUGAUGAGCGGGACGGCGACGAGGUAGCCAAAUUUUUUCAAGCGAUAGACGAAUAUCAAUCGCGGGAUGUAUUAGGACCAGCGCAUCAACGACUUGUUAUCCACUGUCUGAACGAGGUCUCGAAAGACUUAGCGUCGAGACGGGACCUAGAACGAAGAUUGAAAGAAUGGAUUAUUUUCGAGAUUAGAUUCACUUCAAACGCAUGCUUGGCAAGCGAGGUGGGGUUCCCAGACCAUGUCCUUGUUGAUGUCCUCCGACAAGGGAGAUCGGAUACCAACCUGCUAUCUUCUUUGUCUGUAGCCAUCAAUUCAAGGGUGGGCAUAUCUAAUUACCUCCAGCAGGAACUCCUGACUCUGCUGGAUGAUGAAGAUCGUCUCACGAGGGCAGUGGUUUCUGAUGCACUCACCAUGCACAUCAGCUCCCCCGAAGUACAGGAAGAGCUUUUAGUCCGUCUUGGUGGCAAAGACCCUGAUAUUCAACAGACUGCCAUUGAUAUUCUGAGAAGCCAAGCUGGCGAUCCUGAAGUAAAGCAGGCGCUUUUAACCCUGCUAGGUGAUAAAAGCGUCGGAGUUCGACGCUCUGCUGCCACUGCGCUCACCAGCCAAGCGGGCGACACUGAGGUUCAACGAGCACUCCAAUCCCGGCUUGGUGAUGAAGAUCCUACCGUUAGACAUGCUGCCGCUAUCGCGCUCAACAGCCGAUGUGUCGAUCCUGAAGUGCGGCAGGUACUUCUUCUCGCGUUAGGUGAUAAAGACAAGGAUAUUGGAUGGCUUGCUACUAGAAAUCUGCGCAGCCAUUCUGGUGUGCCCGUGGUUCAACAGGAACUCCUCGCCCGGCUAGAUGGUAUAGACCCUUAUAGUCGGCAAUUUGCUGUUAGUGCCCUCAGAAGUCAGGCUGGCAAGCGUGAGGUCCAGAAAGCUCUCCUAACCCGACUUUGUGAUGAUGAAGACCCUCACGUUCGAAAAGCUAUUGUUGAUGCACUCAGCGGGCAGGCUGGCGAGUGCGAGGUCCAGAAAGCUCUCUUAACCCGACUUUGUGAUGACGAAGACCCUCACGUUCGAAAAGCUAUUGUUGAUGCAUUCAGCAGUCAGGCUGGCGAGUGCGAGGUCCAGAAAGCUCUCCUAGCCCGACUUUUCCAUGGCGAAGACCGUGGUGUUCGAUGGGCUGCUGUUUAUGCACUGCGGAGCCAGUCUGGCGAGCCCAAAGUUCAACAGGCAUUAUUGACCCAACUGAAUGAUAAGGAAUCUAGCGUACGAAACUAUGCCGCUCGUGCGCUCGGCAAUCAGGCUGGCGAGCCCGAGGUUCAGGAAGCUCUCCUGGCCCGACUGACCGACGAAAGCUCUCGGGUACGAUGGCGCGUGGCUCAGGCGCUUAGCAGCCACGCCAGCGAAUCCAAAGUCCAGCAAGCACUUCUAGGCCGACUGAAUGAUGACAAUAAAUACGUCCAAUCGAUUGCUAUCAAAACCCUCUUAAGAUAUCAGGACAAGCCUCUCCAAACGUUGAGCGCUGAAGAUAGGAUGAUCAUUAUCAAAGAUCUAGUUAGAAUGAGUUUUUCGCAACCGUUCAGUUGGCAAGUUGGAUCCGGUGCUUCUUCCUUGUAUACACCGUGGGGUUUGAUGAAAACAAGCAUCGCGGAUACGGAAUCGUUGUCCAGAAUCAUUGAACGUAGUCGGCCGGCUGGGUAUCCUGUCGAUGACCUACAGCCCGUCCAACCUGGUUCAAGUUCAUGGUUUUCAAGCUGGCAAUGGAUACAAAAUCUGGUUUUUCGAAAUGGGCCCACGUGA